UCCUGGAUCGAUGCGGACCAGCUCUGACAUAUGUCCUACAUAGCAAGUUUGGAUGUACUGCUGUGCUCCAUGGUGUUGAUGCCGGUGCAAUGAAGUUCAAGAAGCCAGUAUUUAAGCACGAAACUGUCCAUUCCGACUCCAGAGAUGCAAGGAAAAGUGUUCCACCAUUUAUUGAGCUCUGUGGGGCCUAUCAUGAGACAUUGAGGGAGGCCAGACGCUGGUAUUUGGAUGCUUUGUACCCUGCCUCGAAGAAUGUAAUCACCAUUCACAACAAUUUCAUCCAGCACUUUGGCCAGAGGGAGUUUGAAGAGCUUCUUUCCCUUCAGACCAAGAGGGAAGUUUCCAUCGAGGAGAACUUUAAAGAUGGCCGCUUUGGAUUGACCAUCCAGGGGGCUUCUAGAGGGUUCAAAGCUGCUGUGUUAGAGGUGGAAGCCCUGUGCUGCAAAGUCCAAGAGGAUUUUGCAAAGGAAGAGUUGAGUUUAAUGGGCCUGAAAUCUCCCAUCAGUUCCCCAAGGAAGCCAGUAGAUGACAACAGUUCUGACUAUAAAGAGAGACAGCAACAUUUUGCCGGACUUCAAAUUGUCAGGGUUGAGAAGGUGGAGAACAAAGCUCUGAAGCAGGUCUUUGACCUUAGGAAGAGGCAGUUGCAGGUGUCUACCCCUUCUCAGCGAAUGUACCAGCGCUUGCCUGUGCAAUUCUGUGACCUGCUAUGCAGAGUGGGCUUUCAGAUGGAGUUUACACCACCUGACGAGCAAAAUCUGGGAGAGGGGAUCUACUUCAGCAGCAGUGUCCAUGGAGCAGAGAGGCUGUGGAAGGGCUCAGCUGACCAGGAGUACCUGUACUUCAUUGAGGCACAGGUGCUGACUGGCAAGUCAAUUGUUGGCUGUCCAGGUCUCAUCGUGCCACCUCCCUUUGCCAGAGACCCACUCACCUUGUAUGACAGUGUGAAAGGAGGCGGAGACACCUGGGUCGUCUUCAAUGGUCACCAGGCUCUACCUGAAUAUCUGAUCACCUGCAAUAAGCCUACAUACGUAAAACCUCACGCAUUGUUCAACUGGGGUAAAGCUAAAAAGCCACAAAAGAAUGAGGACAUUGUCAUCGAGGGCCUGGAAGUGGAUCCGGCUGUCUUCCACGUUUCUUCCAAAGUGGAUCGUUGGAUCAAGGACCUGAACCUAAAGGAACCAGAGAGCAGCAGCAUCCCACACGACGCUGUCUACCAUGACAUGAGAAUCGAGGAGAUGCUGAGGAAGGCCAGGGACAAAAAGUCCUUCAACAGGAACAUUACAGCACCUAGCAUCAUGGUGGAUUGGCAGCAGCAGCCAGGGGGACAGUCCCAGAGAUUCCCCCCCUUCCAUAACUUCCAUCUGCAGCAGGCGCUGGACAGGAACCAGCCCCGCGUGGAGGUCUCUGCCCGGAGGAAAAUGUACACGUUCACCCUGCCUGACACGACUGCUAACAACACAAGUGGAAACAGCCCCAAAAGCAGACAAAUCGACAAGUUAGCAGCUCAACCGAUUGAGAGUCUCCCCCGGCAUUGGGAUGCCAUGCCAGCCAACACGUCCUGCCUGUCCUGCCUCAUCCAGCCAGGAAGCCCAGAGCACAAUGAAGUUUUAAAGCUGUUCCGAGACACCUGCCACAACAAAGUUACACAGAUUGAGAGGAUCCAGAACCCAACCCUGUGGAGGAGUCUCCAGAUCAAGAAACACGACAUGGAGCUCAGGAACGGUCACCAGAAGAAUGAGAAGAGGCUCUUCCAUGGAACAUGCCACACAACCAUCAAUCACAUCAACAACCAUGGCUUCAAUCGGAGCUUUGCUGGGACAAAUGGUACAGCAUUUGGAAACGGCACCUACUUUGCUGUUGGUGCCAGCUACUCUGCCAGAAGCACAUACUCAAGACCGGAUCGCCAGGGGCAGAAGUAUAUGUACCUAUGUCGAGUUCUGACUGGCGAUUUCACAGCAGGACGACAUGGGAUGACAGUUCCUCCAGCUAAAAGCACCACGACUGUUGAACUCUACAACAGCGUGACAGACAACCCAUCAGGACCAUCUAUGUUUGUCAUUUUCCAUGACAACCAGGCAUAUCCUGAGUACUUGAUCACAUUCUUCUAGACCCUGCGGAGAAAAGCAAAAUAAACGAAAUGCCCUUACUAAACUUUCAAAAGUCUUCCUUAUGAUUAUGACUAUGUGCCUUAUAAACUGUUAUACACAACUUUUAUUGAAGAAAUGAAAAUGACUGAUGUCACUUUUGCAUGGAAAAGUCUAACCAUUACAGGUUCUAAUGUAACUGAUGUUCUGAAUGAGCUGCAAAAUCUGGACCCCUACAAAUCAGCCGGGCUAGACAAUCUGGAC